AUGGCGGCGCGGGCUGCAGGUGGCCACCUCUGCCGUGGCCGCGGCAGGUGGUGGUGGCACCGCGGCAGUUGUUGGUGGUGGUGCGGGCUGGAGGUUGGAGACGGUGGCCGCGGCGGCUCUUCCGGAUCUGGCCUCUCGGCGACGCGGGCCGCGACGGCUAGGGCUGCGGGUGGCGGCCCUGACCGAGGCCCCCUCGGCUGGUCGGGGUGGAGGCGCAGUGGCGAUGGCUCUGGUGGUGCGUGCCCGACGGCUCCGGCGCUUGGAGCUCGCCGGGCGACGCGGAUGGGCAGCGGCCGGGCGUGGCUGCUGCUCCGGCCGUGGGCGGCGGCAUGGGUAGGUCUCGGUGGCCUACCGGUGUCGUGGCGGCUUCACGGUGGCUCGAUGGAUCUGUCCGCGGCAACGGCCGGCUUCUCCGGCAUCGGUUUGUCUGCGUUCGGGCCGUCUCGACCUUCACCCCAUCUCCUCGUCUCCCGGACGCUCCUCCCAUCAAAGGGCUGGUCCUCUCCCAGCUGCGGUCCACCGCUCGUCUCGCGCCCGAUGCCGAAGGACAGAGCUCGUCUCGCGCACGAUGCAGCAGGACCGAGCUCGACUCGCGCACGAUGCAGCAGGACUGACCUCGUCCCCCUCUCGUUGCUGCAGGACCGAGCUCAUCUUGCGCUUGGGGCAGCAGGAUGGGUCGGUGGAUGCUAG